AUGUCUUCAUUAAAAAUACCGGAUUUGCGGUUUGAGCAAGCAUUUUGGAGGCAACUUUAUUCGUAUGCUGGUAUAAAGGAGAAAAGUGAAAGACUACAAUUUUCGGGUGACAAGAGCCGUUACAAGUCAUUACAGGCCAAAUUGGGUGACAGAGAAGAGGAGAUUAUGCUUUUAAAUGAGGCCAUUGACCGCGAGGAGCAAGACUACCUUGAAAGCCAACAACCAUUACCACCAAUUACUCCUGGCAUUGUCAUUUAUGCAAUCAUUAAAGAUCAAUUGUUACUACCGUUUAUACAAGGGUUUUUUUUGACGGGCAUUCUAAUAUCGAUACGUCCUUUUUUACAUAUAUUUGUCCAAAACGGACAACGUGCAGAUAACUUAAAUCAGCCAAAUUCCGGAGCACUAGCGGCAGCGUUGACUAUUGGGAACACUAUGAAACAGAAAGCCGCUAAUCCCCAUAUUCCUCGAUCCCAGUCGUUCCUGCAACAUCCUCAAUUUGUUUCUCAAAAUAGAACAAGCUCCAUUACAGAAUCAAGGAGCGGCAGUCUUUUGAAAAGGCAAUCGAAAUCAAACAUGUUUCAAAAACCACAGCUGAGCUAUGUUCAGCAGUCGAGACGCUUUUCUGAUGGCUCUCUUGUAUCCAACGUCUCAGAGCACUAUACUCCCAUGACAUCGACUGAAUCAACAACUCAGUAUGGAAUCCCCAUUGUGUAUAAUGACGUAAACGAUGGUUUUAACGACUCAUAUUUGGACGAAAUCACAGAGGAGUCAACACAAGUGUAUCUCAACAACAAAGCCAAGAUGAAAGACUUGAGACUACCCGUUUUAUCCAAGCAGCAGCAGCAUCAGCAGCAUCAUCAGCAGCAUCAGCAUCAGCACCCACAGUAUUAUCGAAAUGGGGAAACUAUGCCCAAGCAAGAAUCGGUAAAGAUGGUGAAAAAAUACAUCCCCAGUCCUACUGGGAUCAAAGUGAUUGAGGUACCCGAAUCUAGCAUUAAGAAGGAAAUGGUACGGUCAAAUUCAAUGAGAAUGAACUCUUACACGCCGAGAUCAAACUCAUCAUUAAAGAGGAGCACUUCAAGAUCCGCGUCAUUGACUAAGUUGAGAACGCAAAAGGCAAAUGCAAGUGGUGCAGAACAACUGGCAAUGCCAUCUAUGAAGGAAAACGUGGCGUUGGAGGAAACUCUAGGUAGAAACGACGAGACUAUUGCACAGAAAAAUAAGUUGAAACUUUUAGAGGAGAAAAUAGAAAAGGAGAAACAACUAGCAAAAGAGGUGGAAAUUAAACGAUUGGAAUAUGAAAAGUUACACAAGUCAAGACUUGAGAAGGAGAAAGCUUUACGCGAGUACGAACACUUACAAGAGAAAGAGCCUUUUUUGACGGAAAGGAGUGGAGACGAAAAAAUGUCGUCAAAGCAGAACAUAUCGGUAGAGACAAGUAAUAACCACACGGAAAUACCCGAUGAAGGAAAAGAGAACCCGACUAAUGUAGUAGUAGUAGUAGGAGGAAAAGGAGGAGGAGGAGGAGGAGAACCAAAGCUUGCACAGUCUGAAGAUACUAACAAUGAACAAGAACUCAGCGAGGAUAAGUCGAACCCAGCUGAAUUGGUUACAGGUAACAAAGAAGAACUGAAAUCGGUUGAAUUGAUUACAAGUGGCAAAGAAGAAGAAAAAGAAGAAGAACCUGAAACAAUUAUUCCAAUUCUUCAUGAACAAAAGCUUGAAUCAAACUCAAAACCUCAGUCGACCACAGAUCAGAAUGGUGAUAGUAUUGAAGAAACAUCGACAGAUGCCAUUGUUGAUACCAAUAAAGAGCUGCUGACUAUAGAUCAGAAUGAUUACAAGCACGAAGACUUUGUUGAUGUAAUGUUGACUGAAAUGCGCAUAAAAGACGAAGAUAAGGACCUUAGUGGCGGUAUAGCAGCUUUAGGGGAAGAAGAAGCCUCAAAUGAUUUGAGCACUGAAAGAUACGAAGACGACGAUAAUGCGCACAACGUAGCAGCAACUGUUAAUUCAAAAGAAGAGCAUCCAUUAAUUUUAAAGGACGAUGGAACCAUUGAGAUUUUAGAGGGCAGUGACUCGUCCUAUCCACUGACUGCAGGUAAUGGUAGCAAGAAUCUCAGCUUAAGGUCUCCCAAAAAUAGUGGUGCUGAGAGUUUGGAUUUAUUGCUGCCUCCUACAAUGGAGUCUACUUCAAGCUCCAAGUCUUCUGUAUAUUCAGGAGAGUCCAUCAAGCGCCCUAUGAAGUCAGCCAUGAAGACGCCGUCAUCAACCUCAUUUUCACAACCACAACAAGCUAUUCCUCAAUAUGCGACAAAUAGUAAUGCCGCGCAUCAAGCAUAUCUCUCGUUGACAACUGCGGAGAAUACAAGACUCAAUUCUAAGUCUUCGAGUUUGAAAUUGACGAAUGGACCCCAGCUGACUCUGACUACCAAUAGACCAUUACCCAACCACCAUCAAAGAGGCGGAGAUUUUGCAAACUUGGGGGGAGUCAAUGGUGGCGCUUACCCGCAAGUAUCCAAUUCGACACCUUUUCAAAGAACUUCCCAAAAAAGAUUGUCACAACAAAGUUUGAGAAACAACUUUUAUCCUCAGCAGAAACCGCAUACUCGACAAAAUCAGAUAAAACCCGAAAUAGGGAUGAGUGGUAGAACUAUGCGUCACAGCACAUACGUACAACCUGUCGAGCCACAUCUGUCAGUCCAAACGGGUUAUGUGUCGUCACCCAAAGUAAAGGCACAAGAUUUGUAUGCAAAAGCAAAAGCUCGGCCUUAUUCUAAUUUCGGGAAUAUGAAAAGACACUCGUCAUUCUCAAGGGAAAUGUCCGGUGAUGAUCAGCAAAAAAAUUUACAAACCAGUGGUCCGAACAAAGAUUCCAAUUUGCAAGUGAAAGCUGGAAUGCAAGCCAAAACAUUACGAGCACCGCCUCAGUCAAAUCCCACUCAACACAACAAUGGAUCCCUCCAACCACAACAAUUACAACCACAAUUAGAAGUAUAUUCAUCUUCAUUAUCAUCAUCGUCACAGUAUCCACAGAUGAACAACAAACAUGCGGGUACGACAGCGUAUAACAAUGCUACCACUAGCAGGUCCACGUCCGGUACCGGAUUCAAGUCGAGAUUUAAUGAUUCUGACGAUGACUUGCCAAAUCAUAGCGGCAGAAAUGGGAAAACAUUUGCGUCCAGAUUUGUUGAUUCUGAUGACGAUUUACCAAAUGUAUCUUCUCCUUCUUCUUCUUUCCCGGUUGCUAAUGUACACUCUUCAUUAGCUCCGCUGCAACCCGUAGGAGCUUUCACCCUCAGAAGUGCAGAGCCAGAAGUCCCUCCUCAACAUAAGAAAAAGUUUGGAAAGUUGAGAAAGCUAUUUGGUCAACGAUACUAA